AUGGAUCCCCUGAUUUCAUGGGAGAUGUCGACCCGCGACCGUCGUGACCGUCGUCCUGCGGGUCCUGCACCGGCUGUGCGUGAAGAUGGUGCGGCCAGGGGCUUCUAUUCUGAGCCCGAAGACCGUCUCUUGCUGCGUUCCGAGCCGGUCUUGGAGCGGGCUGGCGUCUGGGAAUAUUGGCAAGCACCACCUCCUUUCGAGGUCUCACUACAGUCCGUCCCGACAGAAAACCCUGUGGAUGAAGGGGAUGUCAUCACCCGCUUUGACAACGCAGGCAGGCUCACCACACUUCGCCGCAAAGUGGAUGCUCCUGAAGGACAGGCGGCCAAGACGCGACGGGUCUCGCUCUCGCAGGUGACGCCACCGACCCCAGCCGCCGUGAAGCCUCUGCCGUCAGCCGUUACGGCGUCGGCCGCGGCGGCCUCGGCAGUGCCGGUGCUCUUCGGGACACUGCUGGCAGUGGAGGUCUUGCGGCUUCCAUCUGGGCGAGAGAUGAAUCAGGCCACAGAGAUUGGCGCCGUGGCGUACUGCCUUCGAGACGAACGCGUCCGUAGCCUGCUGGCUGAAACGGGCGAGACCUAUGAGGACGGCCUGGGAGUGAUUUGCACUGCAUCUGCGGAACUUCCAGACCUGGGCGCUGACGUCAUGGUGAAGGAAGUGAACUCCGAAGUGUCACUCUUCGAAGCUGUUCUCCAGCUCUUUCACGCCACGGAUCCUGCUGUGGUCCUGGGCUAUGACAUUGUGAAGGGCUCCAUCGGUGCGCUGCUGGGCCGUGCUCAAGCCCUGGGGCUCCGAGGAUUUGCAGAAAGCCUUGCCCGCGCCAGCGGCACUAUGAAACCGAUGGGUGUGUCUGAGGCACCAGUCAUGGCAAGUCAAGGACUACCAGGAAGCCCCACAGACGACCGAGGAGGUGGACGUAAACUGUAUCCCCCAGAGCAAGUCAGUGGAGGCUUGGAGCUGCCGGGAAGGCUCUUGUUGAACGUGUGGAGAGUGUUAAGGGGUGAGGCCAAGCUUCAAACCAGCUCUUUGCAAACGGCUGCGCAACACUUGUUAGGCGAAAUCUUUCCGCUGGUGCCACCGCUUUCGAUGGCCCAACGCUGGAGAGGCACCUUGGAGAGUCGGAAGGAAGCCUUGAAGAUCCUGCUGCGUGAGACCCAGUGCACCCUGCGGCUCUUGGAUUCACUGAAUGUGCUGCCACGCGCCGCGGAAACUGCUCGCAUGCUGGGGCUGGAUGUGUUGAGCGUGCUGUCCAGAGGAUCCCAAUACAGGGUGGAGGGGUUGCUCACUCGUGCGGCUCACCAUGACAAGAUGCUGCUGCUAUCACCCAGUCGCGCUCAGGUGGCGAGUCAGCGUGGAGCAGAGUGCAUUCCACUGGUUAUGGAGCCCCGCAGCGGUUUCUACUUCGAUCCUGUGGUGGUCCUGGAUUUCCAAUCGCUCUAUCCAUCCAUCAUCAUCGCCUACAACCUGUGCUUCUCCACCUGUGCGGGGCGUUUGGAACAUUUGCAAAGCCCCACUGCGAAGCUGGGUGUGUUGGAGGCCUAUGAGCAACCGCACUACAGGCCGGAGGACCUGUCCGUCAUGCCUAACGAGGCGAUCUUUCUGAAGCGCUCCAAGAAGCCGGGGAUUCUGCCACGGAUGCUCUACGAAAUCCUUCAGACCCGCAUCAUGGUGAAGAAAGCCCUCAAGGAGCUGCAAAAAAAUGAUGGCGGUGCCUCGGCAGAGGCUAGGGCCCGACUGCUGGACGCUCGACAGUUUGGGCUGAAGAUGAUCGCCAAUGUCACGUAUGGCUACACAGGAGCCUCCUUCAGUGGCAGGAUGCCUUGUGUCGACUUGGCCGACGCCAUUGUGCAAACUGCCAGGCGCACGUUGGAGCGAGCGGUCCGCUGGGUGGAGCGCGAAAUUCCGGGCGCAGAGGUGCUCUACGGGGACACCGAUUCCAUGUUCGUCAGAUUGCCGAACCGCUCCAAGGAGCAAGCCUUCGAAGUGGGUGCUGAAAUCGCGAAACAGGUGACGCGACAGAACCCAAGACCUGUGGAACUGCAGAUGGACAAAGUGUAUUGGCCUUGUUGCUUGGUCUCCAAGAAACGUUAUGUCGGCCAUGCAUGGUCAUCUCCAGGUGACGUGGCUCCCGUCUUUGACGCCAAAGGAAUCGAGACGAUUCGGCGUGACCAGUGCGCCGCCACGCAGAACUUGCUGCGAGGGGCCUUGGAGGUCUUCUUCGAGUCGAAGGGAGACCUCUCAAGGUUGAAGCAAUUCAUCCGACAGCAUGUGGAUAGGAUUCGAGAAGGGCGCUUCACUGUCAAGGACUUCAUUUUUCAUCACGAGGUAAGAGCUCCAGACGAAUACAAAGGGCAGGGCCCACUUGCGGCGCAGGCGGUGCGGCGCAGUGGCUCGACUUGGCCCUCGCCUGGAGAGAGGUUUUCCUUCGUGGUGGCGCAAGGGCCUCCAGGGUCGCGACUGGCUGAUGUGGCGGUGAUCCCGGCUGGAGUCCAGGGUGGUGAACCGCCAGAGGCUGUGAAGUGUCCCCUCUUCCUGGACAUCGAGUAUUACCUGGAACGUCAAAUUGGACCGGCACUGCACCGGCUUUUCAUGUUGGUGCGAGGUCCUUCAGGGCAGCAGGGCUAUGUGGAUGUGCGACGCUGGAUUGCAGCUGGGCCGCGCUUCAAGCGCAGGCAUGACAUAUUCCAGUGUCGGCUUCUUGGCUCAGCGUUUUGUGCCGCGCGUUGCACCAUGGAGUCCUUGGAAGUGCGCCAGCCCACACUGGCGAGACCAAGCAUUGUCAAGAGGAUAUGGCGCGCAUCUGUGGCCGGCUAUUUCGGCGGCGAACAAAUCGCCCUUGGCGGGACCAGUUUCGGUGAGCCGGAGGGCAAGCCGGAGCAAGAGGCGGCGGCCGGCAUCACUCGACAGGAAGCCUGGACGAACUUGGUCUUGGCCCUGAUCGGCGGCAUGGUUUGCUUGUUGCCCAACAUCAUGGGACAGUGCGGUUACCUCUUGAGCCCUCCGCUGCUCUUGUUGUCUGCGCUGGUCAUCAUCAGGAUGGGUGGCUUGAUCUGCCAAGCCUGUGAGCUCGUGGAGGAAUCUACGAAUGCAAGGCCUGGUAGCCUGAACAGCUACGAGGAGUUGGCCAGAGCUGUGAAUAUGUACAAGGUGGUUCUGGUGACAAAGAACACCGUGAUGAUUGCCUGCAUUAUGCUCUCCCAAACUUUUCUCACCGGAGCGCUGGUGGGCCUGAUACCGGUGAAGAAGGUGUCCAAGCCUCUACUGCGAUGGAGCGUGAUCAUGCCAAUGUUCUGUGUCAUGGCCUUGCUGAAGGACCUGACUCAACUCAGCAAAUUCGCCUCGCUGGGCAUGAUGGGUUUGGCCGUGGAACUCCUGGGCCUUCUGAUCGGUUGCCUCUUGGGGUCCUUCAUGGAGCAUGAUCCUCCCAAGAGCUAUUCCAUGAUGCCACCAGAAGGUGACACGGUGACUUUGGGAAAAGGAGCCAAAAUGCAGGCAUGUGGGGGUUAG